AUGGCAUCGCCGCCUCCCCCCGCCUUUGCCCUAGCGGCCCUGCCGACCUCCUCUGCCCCCUCCUCCGCCUUCUUCGCCCCUCCGCUUACUACCUCCCGUCCAACCUCCCGACCCCAUUCCGCAACCCGUCACACAAUACGCGCGGUCCACCCUCCCAACAAAGCCCCUCCGCCCGCCUCUUCCACGGCGUCGAAAGCCAUAGCCGCCUUCGCCGCUGCCUCCAUCCUUCUCUCUGCCCCGUCUCUCCCGCCAGCCGCCCACGCCCCCUUCGUCGCGCCCCCCUUCGUUGCGCCGGCGCACGCCGCACGCGGCGCCAAGGGCGGCGGCGCCUCCUUCCUCUCCGCCUCGGGCGACGUCAACAAGGACCCCGAAAGCCUGUUGCGCUGGUCGCUCCCCAUCUCCAACAAGCCCGUCCGCGAGCUGCAGACCGAGCUCGAGGCCGCCGUCACCGACCUGCGCGGCCUCAAGUGGGCAAAGGUCGACAACCACGUCAAGGCCGCCUCGCGCUUGCUCAACAACCAGACCAACAAGAUCCUCGUCGCCGUCCCCGCCGCCGCGCGCGACGACGCCUCCGCCGUCCUCGCGUCCGCGGCGGACCGCUUGCACGACGUCGAGGCCGCUGUUACGGACAAGAGCACUGACAAACUCACCAAGGCGUGCAAGGACGUCCUAGGAGACAUUGGCCGCGUCGAAGAGAUGAUGGUCGCCAAAUUUCCGUUCCAAGUCCCCGACGAGUUUUCCAAUCUGCCACAGCUGAAGGGGAGAGCCACCGUGGAAAUGCUCGUGAAGAAGGACGGCGACGAGCCGUUUGAUAUUGAAGGAACCAUCUUCAAAGAGGGCAAAAUGACCCUCGUCUUAGAUGGAUACUCAGCGCCGAUAUCCGCGGGGUCGUUUGUGGACCUGGUGAACAAGGGCUUCUACAACGACAACCCAGUAUUUCGGUCGGAUGGGUUCAUCAUCCAGGCUGGCAAGCCGAAGAACGGCGAGGGCUUCACGGACGCGACCGGCAAAGUGCGCUCGAUCCCGCUCGAGAUUUUCGCGCGCGGCGACAAGGAACCUACGUACGGCAUCACGCUGGAGGAGGACGGGCGCGGCGCGCAGGGUACAGUGCUUCCAUUCACGUCUUACGGCACACUCGCCAUGGCGCGAGCCGAGACAGAGGCCAACACGGCGUCCAGCCAGUUUUUCUGGUUUCUGUUCGAACCCGACUUGACGCCGGCCGGUAGGAAUCUGAUGGACGGCAAUUGGGCCGUGUUUGGGUACACGACUAAGGGCGAAAACUUUCUAAAGGGGCUGCAGAAGGGCGACAGGAUUGUUGAGGCUAAAGUCGUGGAUGGGCUGCAAAAUCUCGUCACCGCGAAAUGA